AAAUGCAACGAUGGCAACACUGCGGCCGAUCAAGUCGCAAACACAGAAAUUUUCUCUAGUUUGCGGUAAAUUUCCGUAUGGUGCAAUAUUUUGGCUCUAGUUGAUCAGAAUUUUGAACACUUUCCCACCUGUUUGCAAGUUUUUGUAACAGCACCGAUAUCCAAUCGUAAGAAUUAGUUGUGAAAAGUGUUGUGCAACAUCAAGUUCAAGUGCAAAUCACCGACAAUGAUGCACCGCCGUCUCCGCUACGGUAAACUGCACUGCUAGUGGUCCGUCCAGCGUGGCACCCGGUCAUUGAGCGCCAUGGCCACUGGCAACAACGCCAAGGAAACCUUUCGGGAACGGCAAGAAACGGAGCUGGAGGUGAUCCGUUCCAUUUACGAAACACAGGUGGAAGAUUUGCGCCCGGCAACAGGGGGAAAAUGGCGACCGCUGGAGGUGCGAGUGAAGCUAACGCCGCAAAAGGGCUCGGCCCGGGAGAUUUACGUCCGGACGGAGAUGAAGGUGACGUGCCCCAGAAACUACCCGAAAUAUCCGCCGAAAAUCGAACUCGAGAACACAAGAGGUCUGUCGGAUACGUUGGUACAGGAGCUGCUGGACAUACUGAAGAAGCAAGCUGACCAAUUGAAAGGCGAGGUGAUGAUCUAUGAGUUGGCCGCAACGGUGGAGGGCUUCCUGCAUAAACACAAUGCACCUCCGAAGGGAAGUUUCUACGACGAGAUGUUGGCCAAUCAGGAGAAGAUUGCUCGCGAUAGGUUGAACACGUUGAAGGCCGAGGAAGAUCAACGCAAGCAGGUGAUAAGGGAUGAGCUGCAGAAGCGUAAGAAGGAAUUGGAGAAGACGAGGCGUGAAUCGAAACAGAGUAUAAACGAGGCCAGCCCGAUGCAUCGUAGUAUGAGCUCGUCGGACAACAGCGAGGGGAACAACUUCCGCGGGUUGGAUUCCGUUUGUUUGGAUCAUCGAAGGAGCGAGACGUUGUUCUUCCGGGAUGGGAAGAAAGUGGUCAAGGGAUCCUGCUUGGGGCACUCGCAGCGCGGUUGUGUGGCUUAUUCGGGUAUUGACGUCCAGACGGGUCAGUUGCUGUAUUUGUCGGAGUGGAACAUCGAUUUGGACAAGGAGGGCAAAACGAUCUCCGGGAAAACUGCGGAUGAAGUGGUCUACGAGCUGGAAAGGCAGAUGGGUAAUCUGACCAACUUGAGACACAAGAAUUUGAUUUCCUACGAGGGAGUGUACUGCAGGGUCGGAAAGGAAGGAAUCGAUGUGUUUGUAGCGCAGGAUUUUAUCCUGGGAACAAGCGUUUUCACAAUCUCGGGGUCUUUGGGUUGGUCCGCGGAAGGCGCUAGCAUGGUGGCAAAAGGCAUCUUGGAAGCUCUAAUCUAUCUGCACAAUAAUGGAGUUUCACACGACAAUCUCUCGGAUUCAUCGGUUUUCAUCGACAACAGUGGUUCCAUCCGAGUGGCAGAUUUCAAACUAAUUGCCUACAUCCAGGAGCUCAUCAACGGCCAGCAGUGUGUCCGGAGUGACCUUCCUGCUUUGGGGUCUCUCAUUGAAUCUCUGUUCACUGCUCACUCGGAAAUGAAGGACUUCAUCGAUCGUUGCAAAUCGGAAAGAACCAUUUCCGCGUCGGAUCUUCUGGAACAUCCAUUUCUUCGGCCGAUCCUGUUCCAGGACAUUCCUAGGAAAAAGCACCAUCCUCCUCGGGAACCGAAGCCGACCGAGUUGCAGGUAGUUGAUCGAUCUAAUCACACGAUGCCGGCCUUUAUGAACACAACCCUGGCCGCGGAAAAAUCUCGACUCCAAACCGAAUUUGAAGUUCUCUCACACAUCGGGAAAGGAGCCUACGGCGAUGUGCUGAAAGUCCGUAACAUCCUCGACAACCGUCAGUACGCAAUCAAGCGGAUAUUGCUGCCGGCGCGAAGCAAACAGUUCUACAAGAAGAUGACCCGCGAGGUCGAACUGCUUUCCCGGCUGAACCACGAGAAUGUGGUUCGAUACUACAACAGUUGGGUCGAAGCGGUGAGUCCCGGCGAUGAGCAGCAGAACGGCGUGGAAUCCAGUUGCGAUUGGUCGAUCAGUGCAGGAAGUGUUCCGAAGCGUGUCCAAGCGCCGACCACCACCAAGGUCAUCAAGAAGAACACCGAUAAGAACGCGGAAUGGGGACUGGAUUGCAUGGCGCUGGACUCGAGUAGCAGCGAUGACGACGAUGAUGAUGAUGAGGAUGACAGUUCCGACGGAAUCGAGUUUGUUGACUCGAACGGAGAGGUGGCAACGUAUGGGAGCUUUAGCGAGGGUGUUACUGGUGAUAAGGCACGGCCGGACAGUGCAGGCGGCGGAAGUCUCGAAGUUCUGUACAUGUACAUUCAAAUGGAGUUUUGCGAGAAGAGUACGCUGAGAACCGCCAUCGACUCCAAUCUCUACGAGGACGUUGAUCGCGUGUGGCGCCUGUUUCGGGAAAUUGCAGAAGGUCUCAGCCACAUCCACCAGCAGGGGAUGAUCCAUCGAGAUCUGAAACCGGUGAACAUUUUCCUCGAUUCGCGAGAUCAGGUCAAAAUCGGAGACUUUGGUCUGGCCACUACCAGUAUUCUAGCCAUUCAGAAUCAGCAUCAAGAACGUAGUCACCAAAUUACUUCCCUGGACAUGGGAAACUCAUUGACCGGCAAAGUUGGUACCGCUCUGUACGUAGCUCCCGAGCUCACCGGAAACGCUUCGAAGUCAACCUACAAUCAAAAGGUUGACCUCUACUCGUUGGGCAUCAUCCUAUUCGAAAUGAGUACACCUCCGUUGGCCACAGGGAUGGAGCGGGUCAAAACUCUCAUGGACCUACGUUCGGACACGGUACGUUUCCCCGAACACAUCUCCAACGAGAGUAAGUACUCACAGCAAAUUCAAGUAAUCAGAUGGUUGUUGAACCAUGACCCCGGGAAAAGACCCACCGCUGAGGAACUACUCUCCUCGGAACUCGUUCCACCGAUUCGUCUCGAAGCCGGGGAAAUACAGGACGUCGUUCGGCAUGUCCUGUCCAAUCCUCAAUCGCGUCACUACAAGCACUUGAUAGCCCGGUGCUUCGCCCAAGAAAGCGAUACAGUUUGUGAACUUAGCUACCAUCUGGACAUGGUACCGAUAAUUCCCCGAUUCGACUACGUCAAAUCCAAAAUCAUCGAACUGUUCCGGAAACACGGCGCCAUCGAAGUGGUAACUCCCUUGCUCACCCCGUACACCAAAUCCAACGCCCGGAACAAUUCCGUAAAACUGAUGACCCAUUCCGGCAGUAUAGUCUGUCUUCCGGAUGAUCUCCGAGUCCCAUUUCUGCGUCACGUUGCCCUCAACGGCAUUAAAUUCAUCCGGCGCUACUCGAUCGGACGGGUCUACCGCGAAAAGAAGGUCUUCAACUUCCAUCCAAAGCAGGUCUACGAAUGCGCCUUCGAUGUGGUUACUCCAAACCGCGGCAACCUGAUCGUCGACGCCGAACUGAUCCUGAUCGCCAACGAGAUCAUGCGCGAGCUCAACCUGCUCGAUCUCUCGCGUAACGUGUUCUUCCGGAUAAACCACAUCAGCCUUCUCCGAUCCAUCCUACUGCACUGCAACGUACCCCCGGACAAGUACAAAGAACUCUUUGAAAUUGUCUUGGACUUCUUCGACGCUAAAAUCUCCAAGUUCCAACUGAUCGCGUCCGUUAGCAGUCAAAUCACCCAACCCGGAAUCAAAGUCAACACCGGCUACCUGUGUGAAGCCCUGCAGAACGAAAUGUCCCUGUCGCAACUCAACGGAACCCUGCUGAAAACGCUGAACAAAGGUCGCGGUGAGGCAGCCGCUCUGGCCAAGGUAGCCAUCCGUGAGCUGGAAAUGGUUGCCUCGCUGGCCCAAGGACUGGGAGUGCAGAUACCGAUGGUUGUCUGCCCCGGGCUGCCGGUCAACUACGAACGGGCGAGGGGAGGUGGCGUCGUUUGGCAGCUGGUCGGCGAGUUGAAGGCCAAGAAGAAGAAUCCACUGACGACGAUCGCUGCCGGUGGUCGAUACGACACGAAGCUUGCGGAAUUCCAAAUAUCCGGAAUCAGUAACGGGCUGCAAGUUCCCAAAGUCGAACUCAGCGGUGCCGGGUUUAGUUUCCAUCUGGAUAAGCUGGUUUAUGCACUCGGUCCGACAUGCGGUUGUGAACCAGUCGAAGUCAUGAUCAGCAUAACCGGUUCACGUCCUCCCCUGAAAGAAGUAGUCCAAAUUCUACGUUCCCUUUGGUCCCACGGAAUCAAAACCGGAAUACUGGAGGGUACCAUCUCGAUGGAGGAAUCCGCCAAGGAAGUUGGGGCAAAUGUGGUGGUGAUGCUCGGCGAGGGCGGAGAGUUGCGAGUUCGCACCUGGAGCCACGAUCGCUUCCAGGAGUGCCACGUAACUCGUCCGGAGCUAUUAGGUUACAUUCUAAAAAUACUCCGUCCGGACCCAUCGGCCAGUGAGGUAGCGACAGCCCUGCAGAACGUGGCCCUAACGAGUUCCACUUCGACCAAAAACGUCCCCUCGUUGGGUACCCAGAACGCGAACAACAGCACUCCAUCGUUGGAUCUCAUUUUCCUCACCUCGGAUAAGGUAAACAACAGUAAGAGACGUCGGUACGAAAAUCAGGUCGAACACAGGCUGUCUCCGGUGCUGUCCAAGUUCCAGAGAAAGGAAAAGAUAUCCCUUAUUAUGGUUGACUUGCCGAAUGCACCACUUCGGGGAUUGAUCGGACUAAUCGAUCCGACCGAGUGCAGCAACGACGAAGGUUCCCCGAACUCGGUCGAACUGAAGUCCCUGAUCGAGCGAUUCCCCAAGUACAAACGGAACAUCAUGGAAAUCUACAGCGAGAUUGUGGAUAUUUUCAGUGAGAGUAAAGCCAUGCCAGUGGUGGGAGUCUACAGCGUGGUAGAUUCCUUCUGUCGGCUUAUAUUGUAGAUGCCGUCUUAGUCCUAACGUUCAAGGUAGGUCCUAUGUAAGAAUAUAGAUGUCGAAUCAAUUUUAAAUAUGAA